AUGCCUACGUUCGAGCUGUUGGUCGUCGGUUGCGGAGGCGGCCCAUACGAGACAAAUCUAUCUUCAUAUCUCCUAAAGCCUUGUGACCGGCGAUGGGAUGAGCCACAGGGCAUCGUCUCGCUGGAGGCAGGCUCAGGGGUCGGUGCUUUGGACCUCAUCCUCAAGUCAAAACCUGGUCUGUUGGGAACGACUGUCUCUGCUGGCCAAGUAUAUGCUUCCGUGAAGUGCUAUUUGAUAACGCACGCCCACCUUGACCACGUCGCCAGCCUGGUCAUCUCUGCGGGAUCGCUCUUGGGUUGCCAGAAACGCGUAUACGGUCACAAGGACGUCCUCGUAGAUCUGGAGAACGUGUUUUCGGAUCGUCUCUGGCCGGCCCUCGCCACUCGGGAUGAAAACGACGAGCAACAUAAGCUGCUCCUUACCAUAAUCGAGGCUGAUAAUCAAUAUAAGAGCAUAUGUAACGAUAUAUCCACGCGUAUAAUGCCCGUGAGCCAUGGAAAGAAUGACACAAUUGGUGAGCAAAUGUUCACGGGCGGCUGGCGCCGUUGUCCAAUGCGGGCACUGACGCAUCGUUCAGGUGUCUACGAAUCGAGCGCGUACUUUAUACGGCAUGACCCCUCCGGCCAAGAGAUCCUAUUCUUCGGCGACGUUGAGCCGAGCAGCGUCUCGCACAACGAUCUCAAUACGCAAAUAUGGCGCGCGGCGGCUAAGAAGAUCCCCGCCUCGCUCUCGUCUAUAUUCAUCGAAUGUUCUUGGCCAUCCGGAAGGAAGGACGAGGAGUUGUAUGGACACAUGACGCCCGAGCACCUCGCCGACGAGCUCGCCAUCCUCGCUGGCGAGGUCGUCAAAGCCAGGAAGUCCGCUGGAGCGAGCACGGGCGCUGAUCCGGUGCGCAAGAAACGGAAGCCCAACCGGGCGGCUGCUGCCCACAACGAACUGCGAGGUAGUCUGGAGGGCGUCGCCGUGUACAUCAUGCAUUGCAAGGACGAUUUGGAGGGUCGGUUCAGCGAGCCCGUCAACCAGGUCAUCGCCUCCCAGGUGAGGGCACUUGUCGAGGCGAAAGGACUCGGCGCUGUUGUGAUCGCCUUGGAACAAGGCGCACGUAUUUUUAUCUGAUAAACAGAACGGGAAUAUACGGAGGUCUAUACCCACCCCGAAUGUAUCAUAACCUCUUCGUUGCAUGUAGCAUUACCGCGUCUUCCAGUGCCCCUCCGGGGACCGUGCACUCUCCCAACGUUCAUG